GCGGGUCCUGGGGACGCUCCUCUGAACCAACUUGCGAUAGGCCCACGCCCUAAGGAGUUAAACCUUUCUCAUGUUACCCAGCGGCUUAUAAGGAGGGGAGGCCAAGCCUGCGCCUUAGUGGGAGCCUUUGGGGUUUAUUCUCUGCCCUUCUAACUUGAUUAAGAAUGACCGAGAAGAAAUCACAGCUUUGUUCCGGAGCCAAUGUUUAUACUCAAGUGCCUGACGGAGGGUGGGGCUGGGCAGUAGCUGUGUCUUUCUUCUUCGUUGAAGUCUUUACCUACGGUGUCAUCAAGUCAUUUGGCGUCUUCUUUAAUGACUUAAUGGACAGUUUUGAGGAAUCUAAUAGCAGGAUCUCAUGGAUAAUAUCAAUAUGUGUGUUUUUCUUAACAUUUACAGCUCCCCUCUCCACUGUCCUGAGCAAUCGUUUCGGACACCGCCUGGUGGUGAUGGCGGGAGGCCUGCUUGUCAGCACCGGGAUGGUGGUGGCCUCCUUUUCCCAGGAGGUGUACCACAUGUACAUCGCCAUUGGCAUCAUCUCCGGUUUGGGCUACUGCUUCAGUUUCCUCCCAGCUCUCACCAUUCUAUCUCAGUACUUUGACAAAAGACGUUCGAUCGUCACCGCAGCUGCUUCUACGGGAGAAUGUUUUGCUAUGUUUGCUUUUGCACCAGCGUUCACGGCUCUGAAGGAGAACAUCGGCUGGAGGUACAGCCUCCUCCUCGUGGGCCUGCUGCAGUUAAACAUCGUCCUCUGCGGGGCGCUGCUGAGGCCGAUCCUCAUCAGGGGACCCGGGUCACCGAAAACAACUGGACAGGAAAAUCCAAAAGAAGUACAAUAUAUGCUUGAAAAUGAGAAAACACGCACCUCGAUAGACUCCAUUGACUCAGGAGUGGAACUAACUACCUCACCUAAAAACGUGCCUGGUCACACGACCGUGGAGCUGGAGCCGAAGGCCGACGUGGAGCAGCGGACCCCGGAGAGGCCCAGCUCCACGCGCGGCGGCGAGAAAGGCCCCCUGUUGGACUUCUCCGUCUUGAAGGAGAAGAGUUUCAUCUGCUACACGUUGUUUGGUCUCUUUGCGACCUUGGGGUUCUUCGCCCCUUCCCUGUACAUCAUUCCCUUGGGCAUCAGCCUGGACAUCGCCGAGGACCGCGCUGCUCUUCUGCUAUCCACAAUGGCCAUCGCCGAAGUGUUCGGGAGGAUUGGAGCUGGUUUCAUCCUCAACAGCCAGCCCAUCCGGAAGAUCUACAUUGAGCUCGUCUUCGUCAUCUUGUUGACUGUGUCUCUGUUUGCCUUUACGUUUGCUGCUGAAUUCUGGGGUUUAAUGUCCUGCAGCAUAUUUUUUGGUGUUAUGCUUGGAACCGUGGCAGGCACCCACAUCCCACUGCUGGCGGAGGAGGACGUGGUGGGCAUUGAGAAGAUGUCUUCUGCCGCCGGCGUCUACGUCUUCAUCCAGAGCAUAGCGGCGCUAGCUGGGCCGCCCCUGGCAGGGCUGCUGGUGGACCACAGCAAGGUGUACAGCAGAGCCUUCUACUCCUGCGCAGCUGGGAUGGCGGUGGCCGCGGGGUGCCUGGCGCUGGUGAGGCCAUGCGGGAAGGGACUGUGCCGGCGCCACCACGCAGGCGACGGGAAGGCAGAGAGCUACCGGGGGAGAGCUUUGCAAGACAUCCCUGAAGACUUCCUUGAAAUGGACCUUGGGAAGCACGAGCAUAAAGUUCCUAUGAAAACGGAGCCAGAAUGACAGACAGGCUUUCGUACGACAUCAACCACCCAAGGCUGGUUGUGGGGGCAGCGUCUGGGGGACACCGUGGUGUAGAGGAGCUAACCAUUCCACCUGCUUUCAAAACGACACUUGGAACGGAAUGGUGACAUGAACACUACCACCAACAUCCUUUUCUCUGUGCUUUCCUGUUUGCUUGUUCUUUAAGCCAAAACAGAAACAACCAAAUACUCUUCCAUACAGAAACCUGGCUGUAUUCCGGAGCGACCCAGAGACACACAGAAGCACCGUGGUCCACAUUCCAGUUUUAAAAUAGUGACACAAAUUGGCAAAGUGGUUGUAAGCGCUCUCACAUAUAUCACCUGCUAUACUGUAAAAGGAUAUCUAGCCCGGGUCAUUGAAAUGCAAUUGGCCGUUCAAAAAAAAAUCUUAAAUCACUUUUACAAUUUCUCAUUUUCAGAAAUAUGAACAAAUGGUUAAAACUCUUUGAAAAAUACUGAGGUUUUAUAUUAAAAAUGUAUAACCUCUUAAUUUCCCAAAUAUUCAAUGGAAAUGUACACUUUAAGACCAAACAUUCUGCUAAUAAAUGGAAAUUUGUGUGUGUGUAUAUAUAUAGUAUAUAUAUAUAUGUGUGUGUAUAUAUUGUAUGUAUGUGUGUGUGUAUAUAUAUAUACACACACACACACACAUAUAUGUAAACACACACACACACACGAACUUGAAAAUCAUGAAUGUGAAGAUUCCCACGUCUUUUUAUGGCCAGUCAUUAUCAGAAGUAUUUCACACAGAAUAUACAGAAUAGCAUUCAAAAUGCUCUUAAUUAUUCAGAAAUAUGUGAUUGUAGUAUCUUUAAUUUAAACCACUAUUUAUUAUUAAGUUAUUCUAGGAUGAUUAAAGUAAUCACAAGAAAUAUCACCUGGGACAUCAGCAUCACUUUCACCUCCCUCGGCAAUCCUUUCAAUGCCUCAAAGAAUACGAAUACUAACUUCUCUUGUAAAGUUACUCCAGGAGGCCAAAUGGUAAUGAUUCUUCAAUGUGACUGAGGACAACAUGUGCUGUUUGAAGGGGGAAAAUAACGAAUAGCAAAUAGCCUUAGCCUUUUAAAAUAAGGUUUCAUCACCUAAGAAUACUUGAGGAUGUUCUUUGGAUCAGAAUUCUAUUUCAUUGAAUGGGUGAAGCAUUUCUGAUUUAAAAAGAAAAACAUCUGACUGCUGAAGCAUUUCGGUGUUUCACACGGGGCGGCAGGGACAGUAACUUGACCAUCACGAGUUACAAGUGGCAAUUUCCGUCUUAUAUAAACUCUGACUGCUCUUAAUUUGCCAGAGUUUUCAGGGUAACCGAUCAUUGUUAUUUUGCGUUGUUGUUUGCAGUUACACUACAUGUAUAGUAUUUCUCAUUUUAGCCAUUUGCUGUAAAGAAGGUAAAUGUGAGGAUAACGGGUGGGUUACUGGCUCCUACGUACCGAAUCUUACUCUAUAGGCGAUGGUCCAUGCUCGCUGCUCCAUCCUCAUUCAUCUUCACUGUUAAUUUAUGACAACUCAGGGGGAAACAAUGUAACAAGCCUAGUUUGGUUACAGGUACACAAAGCUUGAAUAUUUCUCUGCACUGAAAUGGAAGUGGCAUCGUUCAGCACCACCUGCUAUAUUUUGUACAGAAUUUUAUCAGCCAUAGACAUAGGACAAUCUGUAAAUCUUUGGGGGGAGGUGGAACAGGAAAUGACAAAGUGUCCGUCAAAAAAAGACACACCUAAAACGGGGUGGAUGUAGCAGACCUGUCGCUGCUUGAGAAGGACACUGAGUUUGUGACUGUUGCAGACUUACAUGACUUCAGCACUUUAUAACCAUUUCUACUAUGAAUGUUAAAUACGGUUUAAUAUUUAUAACUGAUUUCUGAGCUAUGUGCUCAUGUCCAUUCUGUUAACUGCAUGAAAAAAAUAUAUGCCAAUUCCAGUUUGUCAAUAAUCAAGGUUUUAAAUGUUUGGAAGAAAAUUAAAACGGGAUUGCUGAUUUGUUCUGUACUAGGGACAUUCUGGUACUUCUAGAUUUGUAAUAAAUAUAUAGCUUUUUUAUUUAAA